AUGGCUGUGCAAGAAAUAAAUGAAAGUCUUGAAUUUAAUUUUUUUGAGAGAAGUGUAAAAUCUGAAAAGAAACUAACAAUUAUAACUCAAGGUUUUGAAGAUGUAAUACGUGUUAGAGGAACUCAAUUAGUUAACAAUAAACAAAAUAACAAUAAAGAACAUAUAUCUUUUGCUUUUUUGGAAAAGCAAGGAAAACCAGAUGAAGCAGAUCAAUGUAUAGACUGUAUGCUUGUAGUGAAAGAAAAAGAUGUAUGCAAAAAUUGUGAAAAAUUAAGAAAAACAAUGCAACAGAUUUGCCAAAGAUUGUUAAUUAUGAAUUCUACAAAAACUGUACAUGCAUCUAAAGAUAUUCUUAUAGAAAAAGUUAAAAAACAACAAAGACUUAUUAAAAUGCAAAAUGAAAUAAUUUUGAAUAUGAAAAAAUAUUUACAACAAAAAAUAAAGUUAGAGGAAGUAGAGAUAUCAGAUGAAAUGGCAAAUGUUGUUUAUAUUGUAGCUAACAAUGUUGCUAGAUGGCAAGAUAAAAUUACUUAUCGGAUAUUAGAAAAUUUAACAAUUAAUAAUAUUUGGGAAUAUGGUCAGGUAGGAUUUUUUUCACAUGAUUCUUUUAAAAUUCAAAAAGGUCUUUUAUGGAAUCAAUGUAAAAAUUGUUAUGUUGGUUAUUUGGAUUUUGAAAAUGAAAUACAAGACUAUGAGGCAUUUGCUCUACAAUGUAAACUUGAAAUAAAAUCAACAAAUUCUUUACCUAAUUUAUCUAUAUCAAGUGAACAAAAAUAUGAUCUUGCAACUCAAGUUCAUCAAAUUGUUUGGCAUUCAAUAACAUAUAAUUUUUCAUAUCCUAUAUCUUAUUAUGAAAUUAAUAAUAUGAAAGCAUACAAUUUAAAUACAUUAAUUUUUAGUCUUGCAGCAAAGUUAGAAUGUAUAGGUAUUCAUAUAAUUGCAUUAAUUUGUGAUGGAGCAGAAGGAAAUAGAAUUCACAUUAAAAGUUUUGAUUGA